AUGAGCUCAACUACAACGCAACAGGUUUCUGCUGGGUACUCGCAACAACCGAGUCUUCCGUUGUCCGCAAGCGACGAACCUGUGUCGUGCAAGCAAGGCGUGCACAACUUGGCGUUUGGUGGACUAGAAUACGUCAACAAGAAACCUCAAUUUGCUACGAAAGAAGAAGAGCGUCGUCACAUGCUGGAACACAUGGCAGGAGCGUUCCGGGUUUUUGGUAGAAAAGGGUAUGCAGAGGGCACAGCCGGCCACAUCUCUGUCAGAGACCCAAUAGACCCUGAGACUUUCUGGAUCAACCCGUUGGGACGUCAUUUCUCGCUGAUGCGAGUCUCGGAUCUUGUACACGUCGACUCCGACGGGAACAUCUUACCCGACGGAAACCAGGCCGUGAUUAACCGGGCCGGUUUCAAGAUUCACUCGCAUUUGCAUCAGGCAAGGCCCAACGUGAACGCUGCGUGUCACACGCAUACGGUCAACGGUAAGGCUUGGUCUGCGUUUGGACGUGAACUGGACAUGCUGAACCAGGACGCAUGCAUGUUCUACAAGAAACAUACCGUGUACCGCAAUUUUGGAGGAGUGGUACUUGAGGACGAAGAAGGGCAACGAUUGGCUACUGCCUUGGGCGACCACAAAGCCAUCAUUUUGCAGAACCACGGUCUCUUGACCGUGGGUGAGACGAUCGACGAGGCUGCGUACUUGUUCACGCUUAUGGAAAGAACUUGUGAAGUUCAAUUGCAAGUCGAGAUGGCUGAACGCGCUGGAUUGCCCAAAAAGAUCAUUCCGGACACAGAGGCCUAUUACACUUACUUCAACACUUCCGAUCCGGAAACUUUAUACACCGAGUUUCAGCCAGACUACGAUUUGGAGCUUGAACUCACCAACAGUGCCUUUUUGAAAUGA